AUGUGGGAGGAACAAUCCCUCAGUACCAUCCCUCAGUCUCAGUUCCUCAGAGCAGCAGCGGACCCACGGCGCAGCGGCCCCCACGGACCCACGGUGCAGCGGCCCCCACGGACCCACGGUGCAGCGGCACCCACGGCCCCACGGUGCAGCGGCCCCCACGGACCCACGGUGCAGCGGCCCCCACGGCCCAGCGGGCCCCCACGUGCAGGGGCCCACGGUGCAGCGCCCCCCCACGGCCCCACGGUGCAGCAGCGGCCCCCCACGGCCCCACGGUGCAGCAGCCCCCAGCGGCCCCACGGUGCAGCGGCCCCCCCACAGUGCAGCGGCCCCACGGCGCAGGCCCCACGGUACAGCAGCCCCCACGGCCCCAUGGUGCAGCGGCGGUGCCCCACGGUGGCCCCACGGUGCAGCGGCCCCACGGUGCAGCAGCCCCCACGGCCCCACGGUGCAGCGGCCCCCACGGCGCAGCGGCCCCACGGUGCAGCAGCCUCCACGGUGCAGGGGCCCCACGGUGCAGCGGCCCCAAGGCGCAGCGGCCCCACGGCGCAGCGGCCCCACGGCGCAGCGGCCCCACGGUGCAGCUUCUCCUUUACCUUGCCUAUACUCGCUGUGCCUGGAUGUGCGAGUCGGAUCCAUGACAUUGUAAUGUAG